CAUUCCCCGUUCACCGGAUCACAGGGUUCAACGGACAGACGACCUUACCAGAGGGAGAGAUCACGUUGCCGAUCGAACUUGGAGGAGUGGGGCCGAACGGGCGAAGAAUCAUGGAGACGUUCAAAGUUCUAAAAAUGAACCACGAAUACAACGCCAUUUUAGAGCGAACAACGUUGUACAAAUUGAAGGCUACCGUUUCGAUCUUUCAUUAUUCAAUCAAAUUCCCGACUGAGAACGGGAUUGGUGUCCACUACGACAAUCAAAGAGAAGCCCAGGAAUGCAUUAUGAAGAUUCCAUCGCUUGAGAUCCACUCGGUCAUGACGACAAGCGAAGUACAAAAUCAGCCGUUGGAGCCAAAUGAGGAACUGAUCGAGCAGGUUAUUCAGACGCAAGCCGAACACACUGAAGACGACCUGAUAACCGAAGGGAAGCCAACCGAAGGAGGCAAUCGGGAGAUCAACAACCCCUG